AUGGACAAUGGUGAAGUCAUUGCAGUGAAGAAGCUCUGGCCAACAACAGUUGCUGCAGACAAUGGAUGUUGUAAUGAUGAAAAAUGUGGAGUUCGCGAUUCAUUCUCAGCGGAGGUCAAAACACUUGGCUCAAUCCGUCACAAGAACAUUGUUAGAUUCCUUGGUUGUUGCUGGAACAAGCACACAAGAUUGCUCAUGUAUGAUUACAUGCCCAAUGGAAGCUUGGGCAGUAUCCUCCAUGAGAGGACAGGACAUGCCUUUGAAUGGGAAGUUAGGUACCAAAUAUUGUUGGGAGCUGCCCAAGGCAUUGCCUAUUUACACCAUGAUUGUGUUCCUCCAAUUGUUCACAGGGAUAUCAAGGCAAAUAACAUCCUCAUUGGCCUUGAGUUUGAGCCUUACAUUGCUGAUUUUGGCCUAGCCAAACUCAUUGACGAUGGGGAUUUUGCUCGGUCCUCCAACACAGUUGCUGGUUCUUAUGGGUACAUUGCUCCUGAAUAUGGAUACAUGAUGAAGAUCACAGAGAAGAGUGAUGUUUACAGCUAUGGUGUUGUUGUGUUGGAAGUCUUGACAGGGAAGCAGCCAAUAGAUCCAACAAUACCAGAUGGGCUACAUGUAGUGGAUUGGGUAAGACAGAAGAGGGGAAGCAUUGAAGUCCUUGACCCAAGCCUACUAUCUAGACCAGAAUCAGAGAUAGAGGAAAUGAUGCAAGCAUUGGGCAUAGCCUUGUUAUGUGUAAACUCAACCCCUGAUGAAAGACCAACUAUGAAAGAUGUGGCAGCAAUGCUAAAGGAAAUUAAACAUGAAAGGGAGGAAUAUGCCAAGGUUGAUGUGCUUCUCAAAGGAUCUCCGGCGAAUGAUGCUCGAGAAAAUAAGAACUCUACUGGAGUUUUAGCAUCAUCAUCAGCAGCAGCAAUGAAAAGCUUGUUUGGCAAAAGCAACAACACAAGUUUUUCAGCAUCCACACUACUUUACUCAUCUUCCUCUAGUGCAAAAAUGGGUUUCAAGUAA